AAUAUUGUUAAAACAAUAAUUUAAUUCAUUCCGAAUAUAGUGAUUUACUACGUUGUAAACAUUCAAACAUGAUUUUCAAAUCAUUAUCGAAUUUGUUUAUUAGCAUGUAUGUUUUUAAAAGUAUAUAACACUAGGGUCGGCCAUGAGCAAGUGUCGAGUGUGUGACCAUACAGGAACGGCAGCUGUCGUCUAGGCGGCCCGAAUUUUUGUUUUUUGCGUACAUCAAUAUUUGCAACGGAUCAGUGACAGAUCGAUAACGGAUCAGUGUAAGAUUAUCUAAUGUACUAUCGUUUAUUUGUUUUUAUUUUUUAUUUAUAGAAAUUAUAAACUUAUUGUAAUAUUCAUAAUUUUUGCAAAACGAAUACAUAGAAAUCUAUUUUUAUUUUUCGUAUAGGGGUUUCAAAAACCGGUAGGUCGUGUAUAAGACAAGGUAGUCAAUAUAAUAUAGAAAAGCUUAAAUUGACUUUUUUAUAUUAUUUUUAGCAAGAUAAAAACUAUGAUAAUUAAAUUGUCACAACAAGAAAUGGAACAUUUUGAUGAAAAAGUUUAUAGACUUUUAUUCAUUUUGAAUAAAGUGAUUUAUUAGAGUAUAUAAAUUAUGAUAAGAAAUUAUUGACAACAUUAAGAGUUAAGGCAACUAUCAGAAAAAGAAAAAAGAAAAAAAAAUCUUAAGUAAAUUAAUAUCAUAGGCUUUUUUCUUCUUCUUUUCUCUAUAUAAAAGAUUCACUUCAUUGACUCUGUUCAUUCUAUUUUAGCAUUAGAGAAUUAACCAAAUCGAAUAAAAUUAAUAUCAAAAUACAUGGAACUCUUAUAAAUUGCUAUCUUCUCAUCAUCAACUUCAUGUUCUCUCGCCAUUCUUUCUGGUCUACGAAAGCUAAGUACUAGUAAAAUUUUCUGUAAACACAACCAAUCAUGCCUUCUGGUCCAAAGAAGAGGAGGGCAUCAAAGAGGAAGAAGGGUCCCAACGGAAGAUUUAUAGAUCCUGCUACAGGUGAAGAAGAGAAUCAUGUUGAGGUGCAUGAGAGCGUAAACAAUGAAAGGGAAAUGAGUUUUGGUGAUGAGAAGGUUUGUCACGCUUUUGAUGAAAUGGGUUUAAAGGAAUCUCAGUCUGUUGAUAUUCAAACGGGUCUUAAAGAGAAUGUGAAAGAAAGUGAAGAUGUUCAAGUUCUUAACAAAUCUGAAUAUGUUGAUAGAGCCCUUCUGCAAGCGCCUCUGAAUGAGCCUAUCUUAAAGAAUCCAGAAGAAAAUGGAUGUGGUGAAGUUGUUGAAAGUGCAUCUCAAAUGUCACCGGUGGUUAUGAAGGAGGGUGAAGAGACUUCCAUGCGAGAUGUACUUGAAGAACGUUUAGAAGAGCCAAUCGGACGUUCUUUAGAUGAAGCACAAGAAAUGGUGACGACAGUUGACCAGUCGAUUCUACCUUCUGAAGAGGGUCAUGAUUUGUCUAUUUCGUCAAAAACGAAUGUUGAGAAAUCCUUAAAAGAUGAUCAAGAUUCUGUGGUUGAAGAUGUUGUUGAAAGAAACAAAUUUACUGAAGUUGGUGAAAGUGAUGAUCAUGUUAAUGAAGUUGUAUCAGUUAUGAAAGAGGGUGAAGAGAUGUCGACAGAAGGUGUUCUUAAAGAUUCUUUUGAAGAGCCAACUGAAAGUUCUUCACAAGAAUUAUCCAUACCUAAGAAAGAGAUUCAAGAUUCUUUAGAUGAGUCAGUUAUUGAAGUGGAUGUAGAGACAAUAUCCUUUGAAGAUGCUCCAGAUUCUUUCGAAACACCACUUGGAAGCCCUUCAAUGGCGGACUAUAUGUCUCCUAUUGAAGGCGAUGAUCAUUUGAUCAAUGGUUAUAUGAACCAGCAAUUUCAACGUUCUUUACCUUCAAAGUCGAUACCUUUGAGUAAAGUUCAAGAUCUUUCUUUACCAUUUGAGUCAGUUAAUGAAGUAAAUGUGCGGAUAUCCUUGGAAGAUUCUCAACAUUCCUUCAAAGAGUCAGGGGGAAGCUCUUCUCCUGUUGAUGUGUCUUAUGUUCAAGAAAUUAAGGAAUGUGGUGAAGUUGGUGAAAAUGCAUGUCAUGAUGACUCAGUUUUGAAGGAGAAUGGACAUAUGUCCAUGGAACAUCCUUUUGUAGAGACAUCGUUAAAAGAUGGUCAAGAUUCAUUCACAGAGCCACUGGGAGACUUUCCUAUGGAUAAUGUGUCUUCAAUGGAUCAUGAUCUUCAAGAAAUGGUUAAUCAUGUUGACUCAGUUAUGGAAACGAAUCCAGACACCUCCUUAGAUGAACAUGAUUCUUCAGACAAUGUUCAUAUAAAUGGUUAUGGGGUUGAGCAAAUUGAAUGUUUUCCACAUGAGCCACAAGUAGUGUAUAAGACAGCUGAUCUGAUUGUUUUGAAGGAGAUACCAAUAGAAGUUCAAGACGAUUUGAUAGCAGAUGAGUCAGUUAUAUUAGCGCAUAUAGAGACAUCCUUCAAAGAAAGGUCACUAGGAGACUCUUCUAUAGAUGAUGUGUCUUCUAUGUAUCAUUGUCAUCCACAAAUGGUUAAUGAUGUUGAAUCGACUAUAAAAGAGGAUGAAGGGAUCCCAAUAGAAGGUGCUCUUGAAGAAAAUUUCAAAGAGCCAAAUGUAGAUACAUCCUUCAAAGUUCCAUUAGGAUUAAUCUCUUCUUCACAGGUUAAUGGGUCUCCUGUUGAAGAUAGUGGUCAAAGGAAUGACAUGGUUGGACUAGUAAAGACAUUGUUGGAAGAGAUACGUCGGAUAAGAGCAUUUUAUGAAGAGGGUCUAUGUCAAACUACCGAAAUACAUUUGCGUAUUUGUCGAGUUUUGGAAAAGUUUGAUUCAGGCGAGCUAAUUUGAAGAUGAUACUCUAGUAUUUCUCAAGUUUUUGUUUUAACCUUUUCAAUAUCUUUUAUUAAUAUAUUGCACGGAUAUUGAUUAACUAGCCAAUGAGGAUUUUAUCACAAGUAACCAUUUUUUUUUCUUUUUUGUAAAAUAACAAUUGUCACUGGAAGAUUGUAUUCCGGAAUAUUAUAUUUCGGAUUCCAGAGAAGCAUUUGAGUUGACAUUUAGAAAAUUUUUAUUGAUGGGAUGAUUUAAUUAAA